AUUUUAAACAUGAGAAGGGAGACUUCUAAAAUGCCUUAUUCCCAUAUCCUCAAGCUGUGUGGAUAUCCGGUUAAGAGUAAGAGGAGGAAAGCGAGGAAGAGUAGGGAGGUUUGUUCGUCAUGACAUUUGAGGAAGGAUAAGGAUAAGGAGAAUGAGGAGAAGGGGUAUGGGAUGGAAGGAAAGGGGUAUAAGGUGAGGAGUAGGGUGAAGGAGGAGCAUCCGUUCUAUCAGAGGCUUAGACCGAAGCAGAAAUAGGUUUUUGGAGGAAAUUACGAGUUCUGAAGAGAGGUGUUCCGGGACUGAAGAUUUAGCAGAAUCGGUCCAAACUCAAGAGGAAAAAGCUGCUUAUAAUACUAUUGAUGUCCCUCGACCGAAGGCAAAGCAAAAAUAAGAUAAAACCUCCAAAAAAAGAAUUCCGUGAAGAUUUUUAUAAAGAUUUUGCUGAAGGACUUGAUCAAAGUGGUUCUUUUUAUCGUUCAAUAAAUCCGUUCAAAACAAUUCAAAAUUUGCAAAGAAAAUAAGAAGCCGAAUCCUUGCAGAAAACCAAAUCCUUGUAAGAAGCCUGCAAACACAACAAUUGACAGUUAUCCUCAAGCUGAGUUAGCACAAAGAAGAUAUUCUCACAGCAAGCCAAAACCUUCAAAGAGGACUCAGGAGUCAAACAGAGAUCUCCACUUAUUGAAGAAAAACUUUGAGAAGGAGAUGAAGAUGAAUUCCAGGAAUUUUGAUUCGAGCAAAUGUCUCAACAAGACUUAUAAUGAAACUAUCAAAUCUUUGGGAAAUGUGAAGAGAGAAUUAAACAAACAACAGGUCACUUACAUGAAGCCUUCUCAGACACCCUCAAGCCAUAGCCGAUGAACUAUGAACAAAAAGUUGACUCUCAGAGCAAGUUUAGAGAAUUUGAUUCGGAAGCAUAGCAAAGCCCCAGCAUCGAAUUCUGUAUUUAGUAAUUAUGCAAUAAAUCAUUUUACAUUGUAAAAC